CUGUCUGGGUGGAAAAUAGAUGCAGAAUAUCGCUUAGUGUGUAAGCCCCAAGAGCGUCUUACUUACAACCUUGGCUCCUUUCGAAAGCGAACCAGCACAACAAAGAAGCUGCAGGAACCUGGCUCAUAUUCCAUGGUGACUACUUUAUGCUCCUCCUUUCUUCUUUGACUUGGGACAAGGUACUCUCCAUACAUUGUCGAUCUCUGGGCUCAACGGUCAUUCACCAGAAUCGUGGAUUCACCAAUAAUCCCUCUUAUCAUGACAAAUUGCGACCCAUCCUAAGAAUCGUCGAAUAGACGCCGGAAACAACACUGUUCAAAGUAUGGAUUUUGCGCAGGAGCAACCCCGCCAAUAUGCGGGCCACACGACUUUCCCAGACCUGAUGAACGAUUCUGCUUUUGCGACGAACAACAAGGGGAAGGAAAGAGAUUUCGAGGAACCGGAUACAUGUCGGAUUUGUCGCGGUGAAGGAACGCUGGAGGAGCCACUGUUCUACCCUUGCAAAUGUAGCGGCAGCAUCAAGUUUGUUCAUCAGCCUUGCCUGGUAGAAUGGCUGUCGCAUUCUCAGAAGAAGCACUGCGAGCUUUGCAAGACGCCUUUCCGAUUUACGAAGCUAUACGACCCGAACAUGCCUCGAAACCUCCCCGCGCCUUUGUUCUUGAAACAGCUAUUUAUCCAUAGCUUCCGCACUGUUGUUACAUGGUUACGAUUCAUCCUGGUUGCGUUUGUCUGGCUCGGGUGGCUUCCAUGGUCUAUGAGGGCAAUUUGGAGAGCACUGUUCUGGCUUGCGGAUGGCCACUGGUCCGGCGGUGACGCCUCUCAACAGCUUCAAGCUAGGCAAUCUGCUGGGAACGGAACUGCUUCCCUUGCAGCCGGAGUGACUACCUCAAACUUGCAGACUCCGAGUGCUGUUUUGUCCAAUGCGACGAAUUCAUCAUCAUUUUACUCGCCAAUGUCAUCGAUGUUCACUUUCCCCUCUGGUGACCCGCUCCUGCUUACCGUCGCUAAGAAGGUGAUGUCCGCGCUGUUCUUUUCAGCCAUACCAUCGGGAAGUGGUUCGUCGACCUCGCGGCCGUUGAAUGUGACUACGGGACUGUAUAAGCACCGCCACCCCUCGUGGCUUUCGGACGUGAAGUUGCUCAACUCCUUGACCCCAUCGCCCACCAUCAAUAAUAUUAUCAUCGACACGUUGGAAGGGCAGCUUAUCACGCUGCUCGUCGUCGUUUCGUUUAUACUCGUCUUUUUGAUCCGAGAAUGGGUUGUUCAACAGCAGCCAAUGGCCAACAUUGCUGAUGGUGAACGUGAAGCAGCAGUGCAGUUGAUAGCGAAUAACCGUCCAAAUAGGAAUGACGACCGCCCAAGGCCGGAGCCCCGGGCUCAUGUGCACCGUGCGGAUGUGUUAGGGGACGAGGGAGAGCAUACGACAGAACACGGCACCGAUCAUGAUGACGUUGGUUUACACGAUAUUCAUUUUCUCCGGCCAACUCGCAGGCGUUCUCUUCAAAGCGGCGAAAGCGCUGAUCUGCCAGCGGUCGAGCCUGUGGAAAGGGCUGGUCCCGCAACAUUUUCAGAAAAUGGUAGUGAUAGCGACAAUGAAGCGAAUGCCGGCCAUUCGGCGAGAAGAUCGCCUACUCGAGUUAACCAGGGAGGUUGGGCUGGCGUUGAGACUUUCAGAGACCUCUGGUCCCGCGGCAAUGGUGACCCUGAGCAGAUUCUAAGAAUCAUUAGAGAAGAUGGUCGGGAAGAGGAGCUUGGUUGGGUAGUCACAGCCAUGACAAGGCUUCAACAAAAUGACACCCCUCGAUUCUCUGAAGCUCGCUCCAGCUCCAGCACGCAAUGGGAUGACCUCGGGACCCCAGCAUUUCGAAGCCGUGCUUCUUCCGUAGAGUCUUCUCAUGCCGCUGAAAUCCCAGACUUAGCGCCCACGUAUCGGGCCUGGGAUACCGCAGACAUGUCCAACUCAACUUUUGAGGCAGACUCGAGUACACAUCCUCAUGAAUUCACCUUUGGCUUCCCUGAAUUGGGGCCCGGGUCAGAAAUCAAUACAGGAAGUAAUUGGGAGGGACAGUUGAACGACACAAACAACGGUGAUGAGGCCUCCAGCAACCCACCACCCGUGAGCCCACAAGACUUGCCGACCGCGGGUCAUACAAAUGAUGAAACGGCACCUCCUGACGCUCAAGUUGACCCUCCUGCCGCCGUACCUCCUAGGAGCUUCGCUGCCAAAGCUUUUGAAUGGUUUUGGGCUGAUCUGAUGCCACGUGAGCAGGAUCAGGAGGGCGCGCCGCGAGAUGACGAGGCAGUGGUGGAAGAUCUUGCGGCAGAAGCACCAUUUGUACCAAUCCGUAACAACAGACGUCCUGCCAAUGAUGUGCAGCGAAAUCAGGGCAUUGGUGCGGAUGCAGGAGUUGACCCUAACGACCUGGAUGCUGUUGAAGAAGGUGAUGAUCUAGAAGGAAUUCUCGAACUUAUCGGCAUGCAGGGCCCUAUAUUUGGCUUGCUUCAGAACGGAGUGUUCAGCGCUCUUUUGAUUUCAUUUACAGUGGCUAUUGGGGUCUGGCUUCCCUAUUUGUGGGGAAAGAUCGCACUCGUCCUCCUCGCAAACCCCAUUCAACUCAUCUUCGGUGUACCUGUGACUGCAGUAUCGGUUAUCGCAGAUAUCACACUUGACACUCUUAUUGGCAGUCUGGGCUAUCUCAUGUAUGCGGUCAGCCUUGUCUGCAAAGUGCUACUUGGCCCCUUGAGCGCCUUUGUCCCGCUAGGCGAUUGGAUUCCCCAAACGAAGUCCAUCACGAGUGCAUCGUUGUCGCUUAUCGAUGCAAGCAGUCACCGGUUGAAGAACGUGGUCAGCGCGUUCUUUGUUUUCCACGAAUCUGACGUUCCAGUGUUCUCUGUUCUGUCUCAUCAGGCGCUCAGGAUCCAUCAAGCGCGCAUCUCUGGUCUUUGUCAGUCGAUUGUUACUUUCAUCAAAUUCAUAGUGCACGAUUUGCCCCUCCAAAUCACUACAAAUGGACUCCUAGGUGCUUUAUCCUUUGAUCGUCAAAGCAUCGACUUGAGCAGUCUUUUGGCCCAGGCUCGACAGCAGGUGUACAGCUUUGCUGAACGCCCUUUCUUCCCAGGGAAAGGCGCGGGGUGGUUCGAUGCCACGGUGACAGGGGCGACCUCCACCGGUUUGGCCAUUGAUCCCGAAUUGGCGGUUUGGGAUACCAAAGACCGUAUUAUUGCCAUUGUUAUGGGUUAUGUGCUUGCAUCGAUUUUGGGACUCCUCUACCUUCGUAUUACUAGUCUGUUCACAGGGGAAAGUCGUGGACAGAGGGUCGAGGGCCUCGUCGCGGAUGUACUCCACCAAGCUGGUGGAGUGAUGAAAGUCAUUUUGAUCAUUGGAAUUGAAAUGAUUGUCUUUCCACUGUACUGUGGUACCCUGCUUGACGUCGCCUUGCUCCCUCUCUUUGAGAACGCUACGAUCGCCUCCCGACUGGGAUUUACCUCCUCCUCUCCACUUACAUCACUCUUUGUGCACUGGUUCAUAGGCACUUGUUAUAUGUUCCAUUUUGCUCUAUUUGUUUCGAUGUGUCGAAAAAUCAUGAGGAGUGGUGUUCUCUGUAAGUGCUCUAAACUAAGCCCUGUUCGAACAUUCGUUCGCUAACUAUGACUGACAGACUUCAUCCGCGACCCCGAUGACCCGACUUUCCAUCCCGUGCGAGAUGUACUUGAACGCAACAUCACCACUCAGCUGCGCAAGAUAGCCUU